AUGCUUGACCAAUACACGUAUGUCUUUGUCAUCGGCACGCUGUUUGCGCUGCUCGAUGCCUACAACAACGGAGCCAACGAUGUAGCCAACGCUUGGGCGACCAGCGUGUCCUCGCGAUCGAUCAGCUACCGGCAGGCCAUGGUCUUUGGGACCGUGUUCGAGAUGCUGGGGGCCAUCUGCGUGGGCGCCCGCACAGCCGACACGAUCAAGAACGGGAUCAUACCGACGUCAGCCUUUCGAGGCGACGCGGGCGUGCAGAUGCUGGCCUUUACGUGUGCACUCGCAGCGGCGUCCUCGUGGGUCAUGUGGUGCACACGGCACUCGGCCCACGUGUCGUCGACGUACUCGCUCAUCUCAGCCGUGGCCGGUGUCGGCGUCGCUACCGUCGGGGCCGCCAACGUGCAAUGGGGCUGGAACAAAGGCAAAGGCAUGGGCGCCAUUUUUGCCGGACUCGUCAUGGCUCCUAUCAUCGCAGCCGGCUUCGGUGCCAUCCUGUUUCUGCUGAUCAAGCUGACUGUGCAUGUGCGCCGCCGGCCGGUCCCGUGGGCCGUCUGGACGUCACCCUUUUUCUUCCUCAUCGCCGGCACCAUCUGCACUCUUUCCAUCGUCUACAAGGGUUCGCCAAGCCUCGGACUUUCCAAGAAGCCGGCCUGGUACAUUGCUGCCGUCACGAUGGGCACCGGCGGCGGUGUUUGUUUGCUGUCGGCCGUGUUCUUCGUGCCCUUUGUACACGCCUGCGUGAUCAAGAAGGAUGUCACCGUUCACUGGUGGAUGUUUGUGUACGGCCCCCUGCUGUUCAGACGCCCUGCCCCUGAGGCUGCCGAGAGGGCAAUCGUGCCCAACUAUGCGGUCGUCCAGGAUGACGACGAGGACGAGAUUGCACGACAGCAGUGGCAGACCGCCUCGGCCGGCUCGCUAAGCGACAAGGAUGCCCGGGCGACAAAGCAAGUCGACGAGCCCACGACAGAAGCUUUGGCAGAAGUCGGACAGACGACGUACAAGGAGCUAGUUGCCGCGAACAACGAGCGGUUCCACGCCAAGCUUCGCAAGACAGGCGGGCCCCUGGGCUGGGCCAUGUGCACGCUGCACGACAAUCCCAUGGGUGCCGGGCAGAUCUAUGAGGUCAGAAACAUCAAGAUGCUGUUCAGGCGACUGCCUGCAUAUGUCGUCGCCGGCGCCCUCUAUGGCUUGCACUAUGACAUCCAUGCGGCUCAGACCGGCAUCGCUGGCACGCCAGAUGGUGAGCGUAUGGCGCGCGUGUAUGCCCACGCGGAAAAGUACGCCAACGAGGUCGAGCACACGUACUCGUUCGUUCAAGUGCUGACGGCCUGCACGGCGUCGUUUGCGCACGGCGCCAACGACAUUGGCAACUCAGUCGGCCCCUGGGCUGUCAUUUAUUCUGCCUGGAAGACGGGCGAUGCCGCUGCCUCCAAGGCUCCCGUCCCUGUCUGGCAGUUGGCCGUCCUCUCCCUGGCUAUUUCGCUCGGCCUCAUCACGUAUGGCUACAACAUCAUGAAAGUUAUGGGCAACAAGAUAACAUACCACUCACCAUCGCGUGGCUGUUCCAUGGAAAUGGGCGCUGCCAUCACCGUUCUUGUCUUCUCGCAGUAUUCCCUGCCAGUGUCGACGUCCAUGUGUAUUACGGGCGCGACGGUCGGUGUCGGUCUCUGCAACGGCACGUUGAAGGCUGUCAAUUUCCACCGCAUCGGGCUACUUUUGCUGGCUUGGAUCAUGACCAUCCCGAUUUCAGGAACGCUUGCACGGCUGGUGCUGCUGACGCUGAUUGACAUGUACUGCAGCGACGGGGUGGUGCCGGAUGCGGACGACGAUUUUAUCUUGCAGCUGAUCGGCAGCUACAUGGCCGACAGCUACGGACAGCCGAGCAGCCGGCGACAGCGCCAGGUGGCGCGGUGGCAGCGAGCGUACCUCAACGUGGACCUGCUGUCACGGCUGCACAGUCUGCGGGAGCCGCUGCAGGGCUGCUUCGUGGCUUCCAGCGCGGCCGACCUGCCGAUGUGCGCGACGCUCUGGGACACGCUCGUGGCGCGGCUCUGGCUGCGGCUGACCUGCCUGGACGACCUGGUGCCAUUCUUCGACGGGCUUAGCCAGCAUGUGGCACCGACAUACUCGGAGCUGCGGGCGCGCCGCGAGCUCGGCUUGGAGGACCCGCCUGACCGAUUGCUUCUGCUCGACCGUCGCUCACCCAUGGGCCAGCUCGUGUACCAGGCCUGCAUCGAGUUUACGCGGCUGUCGUUUUCCGGUCGCUGCGACCUAUGGGAGGACUUUGUGCGCUACCGGAACCCAUCGCGGGCUGAUUUCAACAUCCUCUGGCCGCACGACUUUCCCACCGACCGGCUUAGGAUGGACGCCGUCUUGACCGAAUACCAGGACCAGUGGGGCGACCGGGUCGAGCAGAUCGAGCAGAUCACCUUUGACCGCAUGCUCAAGGACCGGAGUGUGCCGGCCAGCUCGGACGAGACGGAAAAGCUGGUGUCGCUGCUGAUCGAUCGAGAACGACGAGGUUUCAGGCCCAGCUACGAACUGCGCAGCGCCACCGACAAGGCCAUCGAGGGCUCGACGCUGAUCCCGGCACAGACGACGUACUACCGCCUAACGGAGGCCUGGCGAAUAGGAGACAGCAACACGGCAUACGACCAGCUGCACCGAUACUUUGACCUGGUGGCGCGGCAAGGUGUCGGGGCAGCGUUUGGCUACAACAUGGGCCCGAUGAACAAGGCGAUCAUGCAGCGCGACUUUGGCGAGCACCCAGACGACCUGCUAUCGAUGUUGGAUGCGGUGCAUGCGGGCCGUGAGUCGCGCGACUACAAUUCGCUGCGCUUCUCGCUGCUGUGGCUGUACCUGUACGCACGCAUGAUGCCGCGCCACAUUCGGCCGCACCAGCUGCAGGGCCUGGCCGGCCAGCCGACGGACGGCGACCAGGUGCUUCCGUACGUGCGGCACGAUGCGCGGAUGGCGCAGGCACACGUGCACCGGGCGCUGGCGUUUGCGCUGGAAGCCCGCGUGGCCCUUGCGGACGGACGGCCGCCUCUGUAUGUGCGUGUGUGUCUGCGGGACGGCAGCCGGCUGACGGUGGGACACAACGAGACGACGCUGCUGGGCCAGCUGGUCAGCACGGCGAUGCUGUUCUGGGAGAAUGCCGGAGCGGCCGGGCUGGCGGUCAGCCACGGGCGGGCGUUUCUUCGCACGCGCGAGGACGCCGUACCGUUUGACGACGCCCUGCGUGUGGCCUCGCGUGUGGCACUGCACUACUGCCAUGGAGGGUCCUUUGCGGAUGCCCGUGCGGUGCUGCGCCGCCUCAGCUCCGAGGGUCUCUCGUCGUUACGGCCACAGAGCCGACUGCGUCACGUGCUCACGGUUGUGGCGGCGACAGAAGCCAUCCGAUCCGGUCGAUUCGACAAGGCGGAUGAUCUUUUGCGCCGGUUGCCGGCCGGUGGCUACCCAACGACAGCCAAGGCCAAGACGUCGCGAGCGUCGCAAGGGCCGUCAGAGCUCGACCCCGACCUGGCGGCGCACGUGGCGCUGCUGCAGAUCCAGUCGCUGGCGCGACGCGGUGAAGGAGCGCUCGUGUUGGCGCGCGACGCGCUCGAGACGCUGGAGACGGCCUACGAUGGCGGCGUGGGCGACCUGCACGUGCUCAUCCGCAUGGGGCUUGCGCGCUGUGACCUCUACGCGCGUGCCGGCCGGGCGGUCCGUGGGUUGUCGGUGGUCAUCCGCAGCGUGCAGGCGUGUCUGUGCCGGCGGUACCACCAGCUGCUCUGGGAGGCGGUCGGAGCGCUGGCGCGGCUUCUCGUGGCCGAGGGCGAGUUUGCGGCCGCGCGCACUCUGCUGGCCGUCGCGAUCCCGCGCACGCUGCAGGACCGCGACGGCGAUCGGACGGCCGAGCUGUACAGCUACCUCGGCGAUGCGCACAUGGGCAUGGCAGGCGAGCUAUGGAGGGCGGUGUCGACGACGACAGCGGCAGCCGAAAAGGACCGACAAAAGGCCAAGAUGAAGCGCCACCUGUCCAAGGCGUGGCGCUGUCUCAAGAGGGCGGAGGAACAGUUUCGGCUGGCCGGGUCGGGCGAGGUGGUGGAAGGGGAGUUUACGAUGAAACGAAAGACGAUUCUGGCCGUGACAAGGCGGCUCAAUUCAUGA